AUGGUAAAAGUCCUGUUAGAUUGGCCACUCCCUGAUGCUGAGGCGAUCUGGUUCACUGAUGGCAGCAGCUACCUGGUGGAAGGACAAUGCAAGGUGGGGGCCGCCAUUGUGGAUGAGUGCCAGGUGGUCUGGACAGAACCGCAUCCUCCGGAACGUCAGCCUAAAAGGUCGCCUGCCCCCUGCUCUGCCCUGCAUAAUAAAAUGGCUAAUCAGGUGAAUGGUAAUGCGGUACAGUUAAAAGAAGAGGAAGAACCAAUGGAUACUUCCAGUGAAACUCACACAGAACACUACAAGACACUGAUAGAGGCAGGCCUCCCACAGAAGGUGGCAGAAAGACUUGAUGAAAUAUUUCAGACAGGGUUGGUAGCUUAUGUCGAUCUUGAUGAAAGAGCCAUUGAUGCUCUCAGGGAAUUUAAUGAAGAAGGAGCUCUGUCUGUACUACAGCAGUUCAAAGAAAGUGACUUAUCUCAUGUUCAGAACAAAAGUGCAUUUUUAUGUGGAGUUAUGAAGACCUACAGGCAAAGAGAGAAACAAGGCAGCAAGGUACAAGAGUCCACGAAAGGGCCUGAUGAAGCAAAGAUCAAGGCCUUGCUUGAGAGGACUGGUUAUACUUUGGAUGUAACCACAGGACAGAGGAAGUAUGGUGGUCCUCCACCAGACACUGUGUACUCGGGUGUGCAGCCUGGGAUUGGAACAGAGGUCUUCGUAGGUAAAAUUCCAAGAGACUUGUAUGAGGAUGAGUUGGUGCCCCUUUUUGAGAAGGCUGGUCCUAUCUGGGAUCUACGCCUCAUGAUGGAUCCACUCUCUGGUCAGAACAGAGGCUAUGCAUUUAUCACCUUCUGUGGAAAAGAAGCUGCCCAGGAAGCAGUUAAACUGGUAUGUGAUAAAUAUCCAUUGUCUAAGAACUUACCAUUUGAGAGAAUAAACCACCUUCUACCCCUGAGGUAUAAAAGCUUCAUCUUUCUCAAGUCCAAUGCUGACCUCUCAAAUGCUGCCUUCAGUGGAGGCAGCCAGUGUACAUGA